UAAACAGUGGGCCAUCACUGUAGAAUUUAUUUCAAGUCAAGGGCAACUACUCAUACAUUCUGAAUGUAAGUUAAAGGAAGUGUGACAGUGAAUUUCCAAAUCCCUUCUACAGGUCUAGUCUAGUGUCUAAGUAUCAUGAUAAAAAAAACUGGGUGAAAAGCACCGGCUGUGCAGGUCAAUUAUCUACACCAAUACUCAAUAUUCUCUGGCCACCAGAGGGCGCUAAAACUGCAAUAUGUCAACUUCAAACUUACCAACAAUCAUAAACUUUGCUAUAUGUAUCUUUUGGCACAGAAAGUUUCUAAUGUUUUGUAUUCCAGUGAGCUUGACAAUUUUGAAAAUACGUCUUUCAAAAGAUUCUAUUGUUUUCCUGCAAAUCUUCGUUUUUUCAUGCUCAUCCACAAAUUUUUAUUACAUUGUCUCAAACUUGGUCUUUAAACAACCAGUGAAAUAUUAAGGUCAAUAAUUAUUUAAAAAUCUUGCCUUGCAAAAUUAAGAAAAGUGUGAUUUUUUUUAAGGACAUGUUUGACAACAAAUACUUAACCGAUUGAAUUUUGGGCUAACUCUGGAGCAGUUGUGGGUUGGAGGUUAGGGAACCAGCCCUGUGACUGGAAGGUUGCUGGUUUGAUCCCCUCGGCUGAUAGUCCAUAACUGAAGUGCCCUUGAGCAAGACACCUAUCCCCAAUUGCUCCACAGGUGCAUGGAUAAGGCUGCCUAUCGUUCCAGGCAAGUGUGUUCACUAGUGUGCAUGUAUGUGGGUGUUUUACUGCACGGACAGGUUAAAUGCAUAGGUCUAAUUCCACAGUGAUGGUUCUGAAUUCAAUUCAACUAAAGCUUAUCUAGUUAGCCUGCUAGCAAACAUUUCAUGCCCAUUAUGCUGAGCUGUUUGUCCUGGGUAGCCAAUAGCUGCUGAUCCUGGACAGCCAAUUGAGCUUGUUCAUAACUGUAGGGGGGUCUAACAUAAUGCGUUGGGGUCUUGCUGUAUUGACCGCUGCAUUGUCUCCUUGUGGCUCGAUCAUUAUGAUCAUCAUUUUCACUGUCUGUGAAACUUCAUACAAUUGUGCCGAAUUCCGACUCCACCUCGCGUGCAUGUGCUUCACAUAAACAUGCGGACGUUACAGGCUGUACUCCGGAUUUCUUAGGUCAUUUCUUUAUCUUUCAUUUUCCUUCACAGCAAACAACACAACAGGAUCUAAAGCCAAAUAAAGUUUCACUGUGGUGGUUUAGAAACGAUUGUUAUUGUUGCAGUACUUGAGAACUGGUGGGACUGAAUGCCUUUCAGUUAUAAGGAUAAGUAUUACGACAUAUUAAACACAGCUUUAAACCUCUGUCUGGAGCAAUAAAGUUAAUAUCUGAUGACCUGACUUUGCAAUAUUAGCUGACUUUAUUUUUCUCCUCAUUAUUCUAGAAGGAGAAGAGGUAGACCUCAGAGAAGGUUUAUGGAUCCUCCAGAGCGAGCGACCGAGAGAGCACGUCAGAGCGUGCAACCGAGAGAGCAUGUCAGAACAUGGCCCCACUCAGCUCUCCAGCUGGUUGUAGUAGCUGUCUGUGGCUGAGCCAGAAGGUCGCAGAACUCGAGGGAAGAAUCUCGGUGCUCCACCAGAUUAAAGACGAUGAGGAUCUCCUUGACUCUAUGAUGGCAACAUCUCAGGCGAUCAGCGCUGGAUUAGACGGCAGUCUACCUCAAGCGGCUGCUUCGGCUGCAGGGGAUGAGGAGCACUGGCCUCGGCUCGGAGCUAAGCCUAAGGCCAUGAAGGUGUACUGCUCCACGCUGAGCCAGGCCGAGCCAUGGUCCGUUGCAGGUGGACGCUCGCAGGAUGGUAGGCGAUCCGCCCGCCACCCGACAAUUAGGAAGAUCUGUGUAAACAACAGGUUCUCUGUACUGGAAGAGCUGGAUGACGCCACUCCAACAACACCCAUCAGAGUGAGCUCUCCAGCCAUCAACUUCACCCCCGCUCCAUCCAAAAACUCCGCCGGGCAGCGGGCUGCACCUGACCUGCAGAACUGUGGUUUAGCUUCGAGGGACAUCCCCACCUCCAGAAGACCAUCCGGCCAAGCUCCCUCCCAGACCCACACCCUGAGCAAUCAGCCUGAACCCCCACAAGAAACUGCCGAUCAAACACCACUGAUCACCGAGCCGCAACCUCAUCGUUUACCCCCGCGACAGGCCCGCAGGCCUCAACAAACCACCCUCAUAGUUGGCGACUUGAUCGUCAGGAACAUUCAGCAUCGCUCAGCUGCUGUCCACUCAGUCUCUGGUGCAAAGGUCUCUGACAUUACGCUGCAGCUUCCCAGUCUUUUAAGAAAACACCAUUUAGUGGAGAGGAUAAUAAUCCAUGUGGGAUGUAACGCCAUCAGAAACUGUUUUCAAUUUGAAAUGACAACUCAAGACCUACAAUGCAAGUUCAAUUAUACCAGUAGUCAUUAAUAGUAGGAGACCUAGGACCAGCAUUUUUACAAGAAAUACCAAGAAUCCUCAUAAUUUUAAUGUUUUUAUAAAUCGUGAUAAUCUUAUCAGCAUUAAGCCAUCUCUAAUUUCCAUAAACCCCCAAGAAAACUGUACUGAUAACCCAAUGAGUAGUCUUGAGAGUUUUAAGAAAAGAAAAGGUUUAGGUAUAAUCCAUCUGAAUAUUAGAAGCCUACUACAAAAAGAUAGAAUGGAUCAUCUUAAAAUCCUGGCUGCACAGUCUGAUCCUCAUAUAAUAGUUUUAACAGAGACCUGGCUUAGACACUGUACCAAUGAUGAAGAUAUAGUUUUAAAUAAUUUUAUCCUCCAUAGAAAAGACAGAGUUUCAAGGGGAGGGGGAGUUGCUAUUUAUACCAGUGUAAAUUUACAAGCUAAUGUUUUAUGUGCAGUAUCCAAAGAAAAAUGUUAUGAGUUCUUAGCCCUCCAGGUUUCACUCGGAAAAAAUAACUCUUUUGUUUUAAUUGGGAUAUACAGGCCUCCCUCUGCCCCACACUCUGCAGUCGAGUAAUUAGCGGAUCUUUUAUCCAAAUUUAGUGCUUCUGAAUUGCUGGUCCUUGGUGAUUUUAACCUCAACUGGCUUUCAAAUGCAUCCGUAUAAUAUGUGGCAAUCUUAACCUAACACAGUUAAUCAAUGAACCGACUCGCCCAAAUCUGAAAGAACCCACCAAGUCAACCCUGAUAGAUCUAAUACUCUCCAAUAAAGCUGACAAAAUUACUGCCUCAGGAGUUUUUGAACUUGGCAUAAGUGAUCAUUGUCCUAUCGGAUGCAUUAGAAACAGUUGCACAAACAAAACAGGCUCUCGAUUGGUGGUUAGAAGAAAUUUUAAUAAUUUUAAUGAGCAAGCUUUCCUUUCUGACUUAGCAUUGACUGAAAUCCACCUUACACUAGAAAUCUCAGAUAUUGAUGGGGCACUAAACCACUUCAGUAAAACUUUCCUAACAGUGGUAAACAAACCCAUUCAAAAAGUCAAGAAUCAGAGACAGAUAAAGUCCCUGGUUUACGGGUGAGGUUUCCUCAUUGUUUAAGGCCAGAAAUAAAGCUUGGUCAAAUGCUAGACGCUCAGGGGAGAGAGACCAUUGGCUUACCUUUAGACAGCUGAGAAAUAAAUGUACUUCUGCUGUUAGAAAAGCUAAAUCAGAAUAUUACUUUAGCUUAAUCACCAGCACUAGAAACCCUCAAAACGUCGGGAAAAUAGUGAAUUCUCUAAAAAAUAAUUCCCCCCUUUUUCCAACAAGCGUUUUAGUUGACGAUCAGCUGAUUUCUGCCCAGAAGGAAAUAUGUCAAGCUUUUAACUCAUAUUUUGCUGCAGCUGGCCACAUCUUUGAUAAGAAUAGCACAAACCCAUUGAAUAAAGCUGAUCUCAGCUCUACUGUUUCUAAAACGCAUGGUCUUUUCUCACUCCAGCCAUUUUCUCCAUAUUUAGUUGCUAAUGCCCUGGCUAAAAUUAAUCCACGAAAAGCCACUGGAGAAGAUGGGCUGGAAACCUUUUUAUUGCAUCUCGCAGCCCCGAUUAUUUUAGAAUGCAUCUUAUACAUUUUUAAUCUUUCAGUUUUAUCUUGCAGAAUUCCCAGGGUCUGGAAAACAGCUCAUGUAAUUCCUCUGCAUAAAGGUGGUGAAUAAUUAUAGGCCAAUGUCAAAACUGUCGUGUUUAGCAAAAAUGUUAGAAUCUCUAGUAAACCAGCAAUUGAAAUCAUUUCUUCAUGAAAAUUCUGUUUUAUCUAAAAUCAGUCUAUAACAGCACUAUCUCUGCUACGACACUGGUUUUAAACCAUCUUUAAUCAGACAUAGACAAGAAGAAACAUUGUGCAGCUGUUUUUAUUGACUUAACAAAAGUAUUCGACACAGUUGAUCACACUCUUCUUUUA